AUGUCUUUAUUUUCUCUUUGUUCUUCUCUCGUGUUUCUCUUCUCUCUAAUUUUUGUCUCAAUUUUUCAGUUCCUUUCCGUAUUUUUCUAUUCUUUCUUUCGCUUUUCAUUCUCGCCUCGCCGUCUUAAUUUAAUUUCUUUAUCCUUACUUUUCUCUUGUUUUCCUUCCCUUUUCUUUCUAUUGGUCCUUGUUUCGUGUAAUCUCUUGCCUCUUUUUAAAAAAAAAAUUUUCUCUCUCUUUAUCCUUUCUCUCUAUUUAUCCUUUCUCUGUCCUAUGUCCGUUUUCUAUCUUUUUGUUUUCUUCCUUUGUCUUUUUCUUUCUUUGCUACUUGUUUACUCCAACCAUGACACCGCGGAAACGAUAAAUAGCAGCAGCAAUCUAUCUAUCUAUCUAUCUAUCUAUCUAUCUAUCUAUCUAUCUAUCUAUCUAUCUAUCUAUCUAUCUAUCUAUCUAUCUAUCUAUCUAUAUAUAUAUAUAAUGUUAUAA